UCCGCACUUGAACUUGAAUUUUAUCCCAUUGUACAGAGGCAGCCCCAGCCAUAGAGAGACAGAGCGCUCCCAGAGAACCAGGACUCCGCCAUCUUCACAUUGCAAUAUAUAAUAGUAAUAGCCAGCACCAGCCCAGCUGCACUGGGGGCUUCCUUCCUUCCAGUCCCAGUGCCAGGCGAGGGGGGAAGAGUGCAAAGUGGUGCAGGAGCACUGGCAAUCCAAAAGCACCAGGGCAAAGCAGUGCCACUUGAACUGGGAAAGAGGAGACACAGUUUUGGCUACCCCUUUUCAAAAAAAUUCUCUCUCUAUAUCUACCCAGCAAGGGUCAAUCUCCGAAAAACAUUUUUUUUUUUUUUGGCAUUUUUUUUUCUGUGUGUGGGCAAUCCCAAUUCUAGUACUUUUUUUGAUAUUCUUGCUUUUUUUUCUUUUUUUUUUAAAUUAAUUUUUUUUUUUUAACCCUCCUGGUGGAAAAGCGCACUUGCCAAUUUGCCAAGCACUCUGGAAAGAGGGAAAGAGAAAAGUGUCACUGGCGGUGCAUAUCCUCCUAAGUUCAAGAAGAGAUCUGGAAGUCCAAGUGGCAGAACCAGUGGAGAAAAGACAGAGUGUGUGAGAGAGAAAAAAAAAAGCGAGAAAGAGCUUUUCCUGAUGAUGAUGAUGAUGAUGAUUUUUAAUUGAGAGGGGAUCCCAUCCAGAGCACCACAGCAGCAACAAAAAGGAGCCUUUUUUUUCUUUCUUUUUUUUCUUUCUUUUUUUUUUUUUUUAAGAAGAACAAUUCGAUAAAGAAGAAGAAAGAAAGAGGAAAAAAAAAGAGGAGGAGGAUCGUCCCCCCUGCACAUCCCCCCAGACCAGUGCAGCUCUCCAGGCGAUGCCAGUGUAAAUGCCAGGGCAAUGUCCCGUCGCAAGCAGGGAAACCCGCAGCACUUGUCACAAAGAGAGAUUAUCACACCAGAGGCUGACCAUGUGGAACCGGCACUCGCCGACGAGGAUGAGAGCCUGGCAAUAACAGAGCCAGGCGGCAUCAGCAUCGCCGCAGGCGGGACAGACCCCGACUUGUUAACCUGUGGACAGUGUCAGAUGAACUUCCCGCUGGGAGACAUCUUGGUUUUUAUAGAGCACAAGAGAAAACAGUGCAAUGGCACUGGUGGUGCCUGCUAUGAAAAGAGCAUGGAUAAGAGCAGCCCUCCCCCCUCCUCACGCGCCGAGCUCAGGAAAGUGUCAGAGCCAGUGGAAAUCGGUAUCCAAGUCACACCCGAUGAAGAAGACCGUCUUCUCACGCCUACAAAAGGAAUUUGCCCCAAGCAGGAGAACAUUGCAGGGCCGUCCAGGCCUGCAAACCUGCCGGGGGCUCCCAUAGCUGCCUCCUCCCACCCUCACACAUCCGUGAUCACGUCACCUCUCCGCGCACUGGCCUCCCUCCCGCCCUGCCUUAGCCUGCCCUGCUGUGGUGCACGUGCAGUCUCAGUUGGCGGGACUCAGACUGAGAUUCAGACUGAGACGUCAGGCACAUUUGGAUGUCAUUGUCAGUUGUCAGGUAAAGAUGAGCCUUCAAGCUAUAUUUGCACAACAUGCAAGCAGCCUUUUAAUAGCGCUUGGUUCUUGCUUCAGCAUGCCCAGAACACACAUGGAUUCCGCAUCUACCUGGAAACAAGCCCCUCAAACAGUUCCCUCACUCCACGCAUCACCAUCCCUCCUCCUCUGGGACCGGAGACUGUUGCACAGUCCCCGCUGAUGAAUUUCCUUGGAGACAACAACCCUUUCAAUCUUUUGCGGAUGACAGGACCCAUCUUGCGUGAACACCCUGGCUUUGGUGAGGGUCGGCUCCCAAACACGCCUCCGCUGUUCAGCCCACCGCCUCGUCAUCAUCUGGAUCCACAUCGCCUUAGUGCCGAAGAAAUGGGGUUAGUUGCCCAGCAUCCCAGUGCCUUUGACAGAGUUAUGCGUUUAAACCCCAUGGCAAUUGAGUCCCCAGCGAUGGAUUUCUCCAGGAGGCUUCGAGAGCUGGCAGGAAACAGUUCCACCCCUCCGCCAGUCUCACCCAGUCGCACCAACCCUAUGCAUCGCCUGUUGAAUCCUUUCCAGCCGAGUCCUAAAUCACCUUUUUUGAGCACCCCACCACUGCCCCCCAUGCCCCCCAGCAGCACUACGCCUCCCCAGCCUCAGGCCAAGAGCAAGUCCUGUGAAUUUUGUGGGAAAACAUUCAAGUUCCAGAGCAACCUUAUCGUGCACCGGCGCAGUCACACAGGAGAAAAGCCCUACAAGUGUCAGCUCUGUGACCACGCUUGCUCCCAGGCCAGCAAGCUAAAACGCCACAUGAAAACGCAUAUGCAUAAAGCUGGCUCCAUGACGGGCAGGUCAGACGAUGGACUGUCCACCACUAGUUCCCCUGAGCCAGGCACAAGUGAGCUCACUGGAGAGGGACUGAAAUCCAGUGAGGCAGAUUUCAGGAAUGAGAGCGAUCCUUCCCUGGGCCAUGACAAUGAAGAAGAGGAAGAGGAGGAGGAGGAGGAAGAGGAGCUUGAAAAUGAGAGUCGGCCAGAGUCGAGCUUCAGUAUGGACUCAGAGCUCAGUCGUAACCGAGAAAACGGCUCCAAGUCGCUGCCGGAUGAGAAAUCCCUUGUCCUGGGAAAAGUCAUCGAGAAUGUAAGUCUAGGUGCCAUCCAGCAAUAUAAUGACAUGCUAGCUGAAAAACAGAAGAGGAGUAGCUUCAUGAAAAGGUCUUCUGACCAGCGAGACUUGUGUCCUCGAGACCUCUGUCAGAGAGGUCCAGGUGAUGAAGACUCAGUGGUAGGAGAGCUGGACCGCACUGAGGAAGGGACAGUCAACGGAAGAAACUUUGGCCCGGGUGAACCCUUCCCAAACUUGUUCCCCCGCAAGCCGACACCUAUCACGAGCCCCAGUUUAAACAAUUCUUCUAAAAGAAUAAAGGUAGAGAAAGAUUUGGACUUGCCACCAGCAACGAUAAUACCUUCCGAAAAUGUUUACUCCCAGUGGCUGGUAGGGUACGCAGCAUCGCGGCACUUCAUGAAGGAUCCGUUCCUCGGAUUCACAGACUCCCGACAAUCCCCCUUCGCGACCUCUUCUGAGCACUCGUCGGAGAACGGGAGCCUGCGUUUCUCCACCCCGCCGGGGGACAUGCUGGACGGGGGGCUCUCAGGGCGCAGCGGCACAGCGAGCGGAGGCAGCACCCCCCACAUCAGUGGUCCCGGCCCCGGGCGACCCAGUUCGAAGGAAGGGCGCAGGAGUGAUACAUGUGAGUACUGUGGCAAGGUCUUUAAGAACUGCAGCAAUUUGACGGUGCACCGUCGGAGCCACACUGGAGAGCGGCCUUACAAAUGCGAGCUCUGCAACUAUGCAUGUGCCCAGAGCAGUAAGCUGACGCGCCAUAUGAAAACACAUGGCCAGAUAGGGAAGGAGGUCUACCGCUGCGACAUUUGCCAGAUGCCCUUCAGUGUUUACAGCACCCUGGAGAAACACAUGAAAAAGUGGCAUGGAGAACAUUUGCUGACAAAUGACGUCAAAAUUGAGCAGGCAGAAAGAAGCUAAGGCCCCCUCCCCACCCCCGCUAGGUUAAAUUUCAGGGGUCUAGGUAACAUUUUAUUUGUACAGUUUAACUAUUGCCAACUGAGAAAAGAUGACCUAACUUGCCUCCGUAAACAUAACUUAGCAUAACUAUGGUAGGUGCCAGACUUUGGCACUUAAAAUAUAACCUGUGUCUACAAAGUUCUAUUAAACCCGAGGGUUGAUUAAGGCAGUAAAAAUUGUGGAGCCUUUUAACUGUGCAAUAAUUUCUGUAUUUAUUGGGUUUUUGUAAUUUUUUGGCAUGUGCAGGUACUUUUUUUUAGUCUUUCUGUUUAAAUUUCUUUUAAAAUUUUGUUGGGUAUCCCUUUUUAAUUUUACCCAGUCGUAGCCUGAGAUUACUUGCAUUGUAGGGGAGAAACAUAUCUUUUUAAAUUAUAAGUUUUGGGCCGCUGCUUUGUUGAAAUUUAAGCUAAGCAUGUGUAAUUUCUUGUGAAGAAGCCAGCAUUUGAACAGAAAUCUUUCAUUUCCUUUUUAUUUCUUUUUAUUUAGUUUUUUUCCUUUCCUCUUCUUAAAUGAUCUUGAAGAUUAGGGAAAACAAAAUUGUACAGCGGAUAACAAUCUUUAAAAUUAGCACUUUGUUUUGAAAUUGGAUUGAAUAUGUAGCACUGACAAUGUCGCUGACGAUAGAGGCCUUUUCUAGAUGGAUUUAAUCACUAAAGUUAUGGCAACACAAAAAACCAUAGGUGCAGAAGACAGCUACAUUAAAAAAAAACAGAAACAUUCUUAAUUGUGCAUUAUUAUCAGAUAGUUUCUUCUUGUUGUUAAAAGCUAUAGCAACAUAAUGGUGCCAUUUUGUCACUUUUUGGGGUGUCUUUCCUUCCCUUUUCCCCUCCUGCCACUCUUCCCAGAGACAGUAAAAGUACAUCUCCAGUACUGUAAUAUUCUUUUCAAACCUUGGAGGAGCCAAAUGCCAUCUUUUUUCUUUUAAAACUGCAAAAUCAUAAAUUUGAGUUGAGGACUUCUGCUUUAGUCCAAAUUUGCUGUAGUUAAAAUAAUUACUUAGAGGAUGGGAAAGUGUUAAUUUCUCAAUGAAAAGCCUCAACUCAAUAGACAUUUUGUUUAUAAAUAGAAAUAUUAGAACUAUCUUAUAAGAUGUACAAUGAUGUUACCAUAAGGAAGGGAAAAUUAAAUUCUAGUUUAUUUACCUGUCUUGGCAAGAUUCUGAUCCUACUGAAGUUGGUAAGAGUUCGCUCCUUGAGUUAAUUGAGACCAGAAUGGAAUUGUAUUCAGAUAAAAGCAUUACAAAAGAAAAAAGUAAAGAAAAGAAAAACGCACCUGCUCUACUUUCAAAUUCCAGGAUUUUUAAAAGCCUUUUACAACUAAUAUUAGCAAACAGUGGACAGUUAUGGUUAGAGAUUUUAAUUAUGUUGACCCGCACUUUAAAGCUUUUGUUUGUGGUUAAGAGAAAAAUGGCUUCUCAACAAGAAAUUACAUCAUAUUCUUCUACUUGGCCCAAAGGUGGGUUAAACUGUAAGGGAACAGCUGAGAUUAAGUGUCAGUGUUGCUAAGCAUGGCAUUCACAAUACUGGCACUAUAAAGAAAAAUAAAUAAAAAUAAUUUAUUGGACAGUUUUUCUACUGCCAUUCAAUUUGACGUGAGUGCCUUGAAAACUGAUCUUCCUAUUUGAGUCUCUUGAGACAAAUGCAAAAUGUUUUUGUGAAAUGAAAAGACUUUUAAAAAAAAAAAAGUAAAACAAGGAAAGUACAUUCUUUAGAAAAAAAGAGCCACAUUUACUUAAAAAAAAAUUACUGGUUGAAGAUAGUGGACAUGAAAAUGCCAUAAGACCCAAUCAAAUGAAGAUGUAUACCCAGCACAACUUCGGACAUCCAUUAGCUGAAUUAUUCUCAGCCUUUUUUUUUUUUUCAGGACAACGCUGCUUAGGAAAUGGAAUGGAAAUGAUUUACUGCUGAAUUAAAACUCAAAUGACACAAAUUACAAGUUGUUAUCAUUGAAUGAGAAAAAACAAUUCAGGAACAACGGCUAAUUUUUUUUAAAAGUUAAAUUUAGUGCACUCUGUCUUAAAAUACGUUUACAGUAUUGAAUACAUACAAGGGUAAAAAAGAAAUUGUGUGUAUGUGUGUUUGAGCAAUCUUUUUUUUUUCAAAGUUUGCUUAAUAGGUUAUUAAAAAAAAUGCCAUAAUGGCCAUGUGUAUAUUGUUUUCUUUUGGUGACGGGGUUUUAGUAUAUAUUAUAUAUAUUAAAAUUUCUUGAUUACUGUAAAAGUGGACCAGUAUUUGUAAUAAUGGAGAAUGCCUGGGCAUUUUACAAAACCAGAAAGAAAAAAAAAAAAACCCUUUUCUUUUUUCCUUGAAAAUGUUGCAGUAAAAUUUAAAUGGUGGGUCUAUAAAUUUGUUCUUGUCACUGUAACUGUAAAGUCUUGAGUUUUAGUAAAUUUUUUUCUGCCUUGGGUGUUGAAUUUUUAUUUCGAAAAAUGUAUAGAAUCUUGUAUUUGGGGAUUAAAAGGUGAUUGCUACACCACGUAGAAAAAGUACGUAGAAAAAAAGUGCUUAAUAUUGUUAUUGCUUUGCAGAAAAAAAAUCACGUUUCUGACCUGUACCUAUUUUUCUCUUUUUUUCUCCCCUUUUCCCCUCCCCGUCCCCUUCUGGAAUGGAUAUUGAUAUUGGUUGAUUCAUAUGAUGUAGGCACUUGCUGUAUUUUUACUGAAGCUUGUAAUUUUUUAACUGUACGCUUGUCCUUUUAAAGGGAUUUAAUGUACCUUUUUGUUAGUGAAUUUGGAAAUAAAAAUAAAAACAAACAAACAGGCUGCCAUAAUAUAUUUUUUUAAUUUGGCAGGAUAAAAUAUUGCAAAAAUAAAAAAAAAUUUGUAUGUGAAGUCCUUAUUGUACAGAAAAAAAGGGGGUUGUUAGACGACCUUUGAGUAAAAGAAACAAAACAGAAUAAUUAAGUGCUUUUUAUUUUUAAUUUUUUUGUUGUUGUUGUUCACAAAUAAUUUUAGUUGUAUAUAUAUUUUUUUUGUCAGAAAUGGCCUACAAAAAAGUGCUGUUCCCACAGGGCUCUAAAUAACUUCAAAGUUGCCUGGACCCCUUGCAUCAAGGUUUUACCAGGUAUGGUUGAACCAGGCUGGAUGGUUAUUGCCUAUUUGUGUGAAAUGAAAUUCAGUUCCCAUAAAGGUGUCUGGGGUGACAUCCCACAGCUUCCCUGCAGAUUUGAGAGAGAGAGAGGAGAUUUCCUGCUCCCCCCCCCCCCCCCCCCCCAAACAAGAUGAUGUCCAAUACAUCUUCCCUCUCCUGGCCACCCCCAUCUCACUGCUCCCCACGCCCUGCCACCGCCCUCUGGAAGAAAGUAGUUUUGUAGCAAACAGAGCUGUUGCAUCCACUUAGAUAGAAAAUGGUAAAAUGGGCUGCUGUUGCUACAGCUGUAACCAGGUUGAAAUAAAAUUGGUCCAGGCACAGCCCUCCUCUUCCCUGUCAGAACAGGACCUACUCUGUGUACAGGUCUUGCCAGUCCGUGUUAUUAGCUGCUUUGCUGCUGUUCAGUCCUAAUUGUACAUUCCAUAAAUUUCUGAAUGUUUGAGGGACUGGGAUGAAAUCCUGUGCCUUUUGAUUUCUCUCGUCUUUGCUGUUCUCUCUCUCUCACGCUCUCUCCCUUUUGGGUCGAGGGGAAGACAAGUGGCAGAAGAGGCACUGAUGCUCUAGUGAAUGGGAGAAGGAGAAAGUGCUCACCGCUUUUGCAGGAAAUGACGGUAAAACUAAAACACAAACAGCAAAAAAAAUAUUGCCAUGCCAAAUUCUUCUGCUGCUUUCAUUGGUGCAGAACUACUGGAGCAAUUGGAGAGGCAUGGGUGUGACAGCAGGGAGAAUUUGGUCCAGCUACCGAACAGAUAGGUAUAUGUCUUCCUGGCUUGAACAAUGUACCCUUAAGACUUCUGGACAAAUUCUGGAUCUCAAUUAAGCUGAUACA